AUGGCUUGUGGGAAAGGCAUGGGCCGUUCUGCUCGAGCAAUUGGGAUGGGGUGGGCCAUAUCGAGGGGCUGCGUAUUCCUUGAUGGCACAUUCCCUGCCUAUCUUGCCCUUGUUGAGAGCUCUUGGAAUGUGCACAGAAUCCAGCGGAGAAUCCAGAGGCUGGGGCCCAUCGUAGCAAUUCAAAUAGGAGCCCUCUGUCUGUUGUUUGUUUGCUUUGUCUACUUUGCAUUUUCUGCACUGUUUUCUUCGAUUGUCAACUCGUCAAACUGUUCCAACACUGCCAGUGCAUUCCAUCAUCACUUCGAGCCAUCGUCAUCACCGCGGCCAUUUUGGACGGAUACUCGGCUAAGCUAG